AUGACGACAUCAACUGCUGAUGAGCUCUGGGUGCUGUUAACACGGCCAAUGAACAGUCAGACAGCUCUUAUGCACAGACAGACAGCGCUAAUGGACAGCCAUACAGCUUUGUCUGACAACCAGACAGCCCUGAAGGACAGUCAGCAAGGCCCAUCUAGCGGGGUGUCCCUGACGCAGGUCGACCUGUACCUGAACAUGCUUGUCUCCCCCUGCCUGAUUGUCUGCAGCUGUGUGGGAAACGCCCUGGCCAUCGUCGUGCUACAGCGCCGGUCGUUCCACAACCUGCCCAUGGCCGUCUACCUGACCUUCUUGGCACUGGUUGAUGCUGGCACCGUCACAACUGGACUCCUGCCUCGGUUUAUCCUGGCUGCUACAGAUUACGACAUCCGAGGCGGGAGUGAGCGCAGCUGUCAACUGCACGUGUUUAUCAUGUACCUGUUCACCCAGCUUAGUGCCUGGACGCUGGUCAUCGUCACGUGCGAGAGGGUGGUGUCCAUCGUACGGCCACACGACAUCCGCUCCCUGUGCACCAAGGUCAAGUCCGGCUUCUUUAUCGUUGGCGCCAUCUUAGUCGUGGGCUCGACCAACAUCCCCAUCUUCUUCGUGCUGGGCAAGUCCCUGCACGUCCGCAAACCCCAGCAGUUGGACAACGUGAGCAACGCGACACUCGUCUACCGCACGUGUGUCGUCAAGCCAGACUCCGGUACCAGCACCGCCAUCUUCUUCACACUUCAGUUCCUCAAGCAAUGCCUGCUGCCAUUUGUAAUCAUCUUAAUCCUCAACGUGAUCAUCAUAGUCAGCCUGGUGAGGCGACGUCACGCUCUACGGAGCAGCCUCCAGGAAGUGACGUGUGAGACGAUGGAUGACGGCGUGGAGGUCCGCACAAAAACCGGGCUCAAGAAGGUCGUCUCCCGGCGUGACGCCUCCCUCUCCGUCAUCUUGGUCACCGUCAAUGCCGUGUUCCUUGUCUGCACUUUCCCGAUCGGGAUCUACCAGCAGAUUGUCCCCGCCAUACCGGAGAGGGAGAUGGACGACCCGGGGGAGGUGCUCACUUACACUGUGCUUGUCAUGGUACUCUAUCUCAACAACACGCUCAAUUUUCUGCUCUAUUACGUCACGGGUUCUAAAUUUAGAGCAGAGAUAAAGUCUUUGUUUGCUUGCCGUCAGAGCUGA